GCGAAAUUGGUCCUAGUAAUAAGUCUGUGUAGUAAUGGAUAAAGGCGAUCACAUUUCGGUAACAUUGUCCGGUGCCAGUGUGAACGGCACGGAAGAAGACAGUCUCACUACGAAACAACCACAACGACGUAGUUUGCGACGGUCUUGGAAUCAAUUGCCCCGUUGCCAGCGCAACCUUAUCAUUUUAGCAGUGCUGGCGCUAUGCUUAACUUUAGUCUUAGUAUUAUACAAUGACCAAAUCGAUGCGGAGAAUAACCGAGUAAUUGGCAACAACGGUGGGGCUUUCUUAUUUCGCGAAAAUCGCGAAGUGGCAAAUAGUGCCGGUAUAGUGCAGAAUGGGCUAAGCGACGGUAUGAACGCGCUGGAUGCGGGAAAUCUUAAUAAUAAUCUGAAAAACCCGUUGCCGAAUAUUGGACCACCACCGCUGUCAUUCUCAAAUGACAAUGCACCGGUAUUUAAAGACGUAAAGGUGAUCGACACACCCAACCUAAAUAAGAAAAGCGACGAUAACCUGCAACAUGCGGGAGAAAGGCCGAAGGAGAGUUUAUUACAAGGUCCUUUAGUCGAAUUUCCCAACAAAAUAAGCAUACAAGAAAAUAAUGACAAUCGUAUUGACGAACCCGCCGUCGAAGCACAAUCUGGCGGUGGUGAUGAUGAUAAUCGUGCCGCUGUGGAAGCAGCGAUACUAAACCCACGGGUAGUGCCAGGCACCAACAAUGUCUUAAUUACAGAUUAUAUCAAUAAUAUGGAGGCUAAGUUGGUAGCGCAAAAACAGCAUUUCCAUGGUGCAACGAAUGAGCGGCAAACUGCCGUUGUAGCCGCUUUUAGACAUUCAUGGAAUGGCUAUAAAAAAUAUGCUUGGGGUCAUGACAAUCUGAAACCGUUAUCGCAGAGCUCCCACGAUUGGUUCGGUUUGGGUUUGACCAUUGUGGACUCAUUGGACACCAUGUACAUAAUGGGUUUGGAGGAUGAAUUCACUGAGGGUCGCGAGUGGGUCAGCAAUUUCUUAACAUUUGAUAUCAAUCGUGAUGUGAAUCUCUUCGAGGUGACAAUACGUAUCUUGGGUGGUUUGCUCUCGGCUUAUCAUCUGAGUGGCGAUAAAAUGUUUCUUAGCAAGUCGAUCGAAUUGGGCAAUCGCAUGCUGCCAUGCUUCCUCUCCCCCUCGGGCAUACCAUAUUCGGAUGUAAAUCUUGCCUCAAUGUCGGCGCAUUCACCCAAAUGGUCGCCGGACAGUUCAACCAGCGAAGUUACAACAAUACAAUUGGAAUUCCGCGAUCUCAGUCGUUCGACUAACAUAUCGAUUUACGAAAAAGUAACGCAUGCUGUUAAUAAGAAAGUGCACGCUUUGGAGAAAACUAGCGGCCUUGUGCCUAUAUUUAUAAAUGCCAAUACCGGCACAUUCAGAAAUUACGCCACAAUCUCACUAGGCGCACGCGGUGACUCCUAUUAUGAGUAUCUGCUAAAGCAGUGGCUACAGACCGGGCGUAAAACCGACGAUUUUCUCAUUGUGGACUAUAUGCGCGCCAUUGACGGUGUGCUCACGAAGCUGCUGCGUCGUACGCCCAAAGAGCAGCACGUCUACAUUGGCGAAUUGAUUAAUGGCAAAGAUUUCAAACCGAAAAUGGAUCAUCUCACAUGCUAUCUGCCCGGCACACUGUUGCUGGGCCACAAAUUCGGCAUGCCCACCUCACAUUUGUUGCUCGCACGCGAUCUGCUCGAAACCUGCUAUCAAACGUACAUGCGUCAGCCGACUCAGCUGGCGCCCGAAAUAUCCUACUUUGCGCUCACCACCAAUGAAGAGCAGGAGAUUUACGUGAAACCCAAUGAUGCGCACAAUCUUCUACGUCCCGAAUUCGUAGAAAGUUUAUAUUAUUUUUAUGCCUUAACCGGCAAUCGCACCUACCAGGAUAUGGGCUGGAAUAUAUUCCAAGCAUUCGAGAAGCACACCAAAGUGGCCUAUGGUUACACGUCCAUUGGCAAUGUGAAGCAUAUAUUCAAUACAAGACUGCGUGAUAUGAUGGAGAGCUUUUGGUUGGGUGAAACGCUUAAGUAUUUCUAUCUGUUAUUUAGCGAUAAUCGCAAAGAGAUCGAUUUAGAUAAAUGGGUAAUCAAUUCCGAGGCACAUUUGGUGCCCUUGCGGAAUCAUUAAGUUCGUGCUGUUGCUUGCAUGUGGGUACGCGUGCGUGCAUGUGUGUGUGUAUGUGAAACGUUUGUACGUAACCAUGACUAUUUUAAAACGAAUCGAAUUGAGUUGUCAUAACUCGCAUUGUAAAUAUAUACAACAACAAUUAUUUAUACAACACUAGCAUGCAAUCAAAUUUAUCGCAUAACAACAAACUACUUUAUAUGUAUAAUUAUGUAUAUGUAUGUUUGUAUGCCAACGAUAUUAUUUAUUACUAUUUUUAAAUAAUUUAUAAAGUGAACUAACUGAAAAAAAUUUGAACGAUUAGCAACGGAAAUGCGCACGAUCUCCGUUAGUUCUUAAUUAUGAAAUAAUUAAACAAUUAGAAGAAUGCCAAAAGAGAAGCGUUGCUCUUUUUUUUUAGAACCGGAUUGUCACAGAACGCAAAAUAAGCAUCUACACUCGCCGCACUCGCCAUGAGAGAAAGUUUUUUCGUUUUUUUUUUUAUAUUAACUUGAUUGAAUACAUAAAAUCACAGUUUGAUAACGUUUCGAAAAAAUAUAUAUAUUUUUUUAAUCACAAGCAUACUUUCAGGCGUUAUAUAGCUUGAUUUUAGUUAAAAAUGCUAUAGCUGAUUUUAAUAAUGCUUCCAAUUUUGCGAAAUAAGUAAUUUUUUGUCUAUAAAUGCGCGGCCUUGGAAUUAGAGGAAAAUGAUUUUUAUAAAUUUUAUAAAAAUUUUUAUAAAACGGCUUCUCUUUCUCAUAUGUGCAGAAUAAGCGUCACUUUUACCAAAUGUACUUCUUUCUUGUUUUCGGAGCGCAUUUUUAGCUUCGGUUCCGAUUUUUUUUUGGUACGCAGAUGUUUCAAAGCUUAUUUUGAAAUUGUAUUUCAACGUAAAGAAGAUCCAGUUUAUAUAUCUAUAAUGUAAUGGAUAAAAAAUAAUUGCAAAAAGUGCACUAUGCACGCCUAGAACCAAAACUCAACGGAUUAGAGAUAAUAUAAUUAUUAUUAACAUAUUUUUAUCGCACUUGCAGUAAAUUUAAAAGGGGGAAAAAUAUUUCAUUUUAUAAUAAAUAAAUAACCGUAUUUCAAUAUUUUGAAGUAAUUUCCAAUUAUUUUAAACCAUACGAUUAAAAACUUCUGUAUGUACAAUACAUUAAAACCCACGUGACUCGCGCUAUAAUCUCUUUUUCUUAGACAAUGUGUGCGCAUUAUUGAUGUAUAGUCAAUCAGCAAUAAGAUGGCGCCAACAUACGUAAGUUGCAUGCGCAUUCGCUGUCUAAUAAAUCGAGCUGUACAACAUAGUUUAUCCAAUUUUUAAUUAAAUUUACUUUUUUUUUGUAGUUUUUAAGUAUUUUAAAUAUUCUAGUUGCAAAAAUAUUCAAGUUGAUAUUAUUUUUUUCAUAGAAAAUUUGUAUUCUUUGUAUUGCAGUUGAUAAAAAUGACGUUGAUAAAUUUAAUUUAAUAAUAAAAUUAAUAUAAAUAACCCCGAAUACCGAAAAUCUUAAUAAAAAUAAUUUUUAAAUUUGUAAUUCCUAAUACAAGAUUGAAAAGAAAAUAAAUUGUAAUCCCAAAAAUUGCAAACAACUUAGAUUUAAAAAUUUCUGACCAAAAUCGGACUUUAAAAUUGAAAAUUUAGUUUUUAAUUUUUUUUAAGAUGUUGGGAUUAAAAAUUUGUUUUUAAAUUUUUGUAUUAGAAAAAUCGCAACAAUGUAAAUAACCAAAAAUCUACAACUCACUAUACAUGUAAAUCCUAUCUGGCAUAAAUAUAAUAAGAAAUAGAGUAGAGUAACGUGGCAUAAUCACCAACAUGAUCAACAAUAAACAAUUUCAAUAAGUACAAAAAAACAGUAAAAUAGAAAAUACAAAAGUAGACAACUUAAAUAUUUGCUCAAUUGCGCUAUAGAUGUAUGUAUGUAUGUAUGUAUGUGCAAACAUUAUAAAGCUAUAACGUAUCUACUUACUGACGCAACUCAAAAGCCAGAGAGGAAUACAUAUAACAUAAGUAAACAAGAAAAAUUUGUGUAUUUUAAAUAUUCAAACAGUAAGCAGGCCAGAACUAGAGAUAAAGCAUUUAAUUCGGCAAAAAAUGUUUCAUUUAUAUGCUACAUUAUAUAAAAAUAAGCAAAUAUUUUUAUUUCGCUAAACACUUGAAAAUGAUUAUUUCUUCGUACAUACAUAUUUAUCUUGUUCUUAAGAAUUUUUUAAAAGUAAAUCAAUAAUUCUUUAGCAGUGUUUUGGAAAAGUAAAAAUUGAAGAGAAACUGCCACAUAACCUCAAUCAUACCAGCAACUCCAGCAAUACUUUUAAUAUACAAUGUAAAAAUUUGCUUUCUUUUAUAAAAUUAAAAAAUAUCUAAAAAAAAAAA